UUUCACUAAAAAAAACAUGUGGUUUUGUUUACUUGGUCCUGUAGUGUAAGCCUCCGUGAAUUUCAAAAUGCACAAACAAUGGUAUUUGCCAUUGAGGAAAUCAACAACAGAACCGAUAUUCUCCCUGGAGUCAAAUUGGGUUACAAAAUCUAUGAUUCCUGUGAAUCAGUAGAAAUAACCACAAGAGCCACCUUGUCUUUAGUUAAUGGCAAUGGAGAAAAUACAUCUGUAAUGUCUUGCUCCAAACCUGACACAGUUCAAGCAAUCAUAGGACAAACAUCCUCCACCCCCACUAUUGCUAUUGCUGCUACUGUGGGACCUUUGAAAAUACCUGUGGUCAGUCACUCUGCAACAUGUGCAUGCCUAGGUGACAGGAAGAAAUAUUAUUCUUUCUUCAGAACUGUUCCCAGUGAUCACUACCAGAGCAGAGCUUUGGCUAAGUUAGUCAAGCAUUUUGGCUGGACAUGGGUAGGGGCCCUAUGCAGUGAUAAUGACUAUGGGAACAAUGGCAUACAGGAAUUUAUAAUUGCAGCCAAAGAAGAGGGAAUCUGUGUUGAAUAUUCCAUGCCAUUCUUUAGGACAUACCCCAGAGAAAAAAUUCUGAAAAUUGUCGAGAUUAUAAAGGCUUCAACCUCCAAAGUUAUUGUAGCAUUUGUUGCAUAUACAGACCUUGGGGUUCUUCUAAAGGAAAUGGCCUUACAGAAUGUGACUGGGAUACAAUGGAUUGGAAGUGAGUCCUGGAUCUCUGCUAUAAACCCAGCCAUUGCACAAUGGCAGCAUCUUCUGAUAGGCUCCAUGGGUUUCGCUAUGCCAAAAGCUCAAAUCAAUGGCCUGGGAGAAUUUCUGACAAAACUAAGUCCAGCUUCUGAUGUAGCUAUUUACAAAGAGUUGUGGGAGACAAUAUUUGAAUGUACGUUUCCAACACAGGAAAAUGUUGAUAUAAAACAAAUGUGCAAAGGCAAUGAAAGUCUCAGUCAAGUUCAAAAUCUUUACACAGAUGUUUCAGAAUUACGAAUAGCAAAUAAUGUUUACAAGGCUGUGUAUGCUGUGGCUUAUGCCCUGCAUAACAUGUAUAGCUGUUCAAAGAGGGACAGUGGACAAGAAGGUUCUUUUGCAUGUGUAAACAUAACAGAUAACAAACCAUGGCAGGUAGUCAGCGAGUUGAAGAAACUCCAUUUCACCUCUACAACUGGAGAGGAUGUAUACUUUGAUGAGAAUGGUGACCCAGCUGCGAGGUAUGAACUACUGAAUUGGCAACAUGGCAAAGAUGAUAAAACAGUCUUUGUUAAAGUUGGCUUCUAUGAUGGCUCUUUGCAAACACAUCUUCAGCUGUCUUUUAACAACAUCAGUAUAGCCUGGGCCCACAAAAAAACACAGGCACCAGUCUCUGUAUGUAGUUCAAGUUGUCCCAUGGGCACCAGGAAGGCUGUACAGAAAGGAAGGCCAAUCUGCUGCUUUGACUGUAUACCUUGCGCAGAGGGGGAAAUAAGUAAUAUAACAGAUUCUAUAACUUGCAUCAAGUGUCCACCUGAACUGUGGUCUAAUGACAAGAAAGACACCUGUGUCUUAAAGCUGGUGGAAUUCCUGUCAUUUGAGGAAAUAAUGGGGAUCAUCCUUGUAUCAUUUUCUUUGUUAGGAGUAUGUUUCACCAUCUGCAUUGCAGUAAUUUUCUUUAAACACAAGGAAACCCCAAUUGUUAGAGCAAAUAAUUCUGAACUGAGCUUCUUAUUGCUCUUCUCUCUGACUCUGUGUUUCCUCUGCUCACUUACAUUUAUUGGUCAGCCCUCUGUAUGGUCCUGUAUGCUGCGCCACACAACAUUUGGGACCACAUUCGUCCUCUGCAUCUCCUGUGUUCUGGGUAAAACAGUAGUGGUGUUAAUGGCCUUCAGGGCUACACUUCCAGGCAGUGAUGUUAUGAAAUGGUUUGGGCCUCAACAGCAGAGACUCAGUGUACUUGCCUUCACUCUUGUGCAGGUCAUUAUUUGUGUACUUUGGUUAACAAUAUCCCCUCCUUUUCCCUACAAAAAUAUGAAGUACUACAAGGAAAAGAUUAUAUUAGAAUGUAAUGUAGGUUCAGCUAUAGGUUUCUGGGCCGUGCUGGGUUAUAUAGGACUCCUGGCUGUUUUGUGUUUUAUUUUAGCUUUUCUGGCUCGGAAGCUGCCUGACAAUUUCAAUGAAGCCAAAUUCAUAACAUUUAGCAUACUUAUAUUUUGUGCAGUUUGGAUCACCUUUAUUCCUGCUUAUGUCAGCUCUCCUGGAAAAUUCACUGUAGCUGUAGAGAUAUUUGCCAUUUUAACAUCAAGCUUUGGUUUACUAAUCUGCAUAUUUGUUCCAAAGUGUUAUAUAAUCAUCCUGAAACCAGAGAAGAAUACUAAGAAGCAAAUGAUGGGUAAAGCACCUGCUAAAUGA